AUGAGAAAUCACACAAGGAUUACAUUAUUCAUUCUACAGGGACUGACAGAUGACCCACAGCUAAAAGUUUUGCUUUUUAUCUUUCUGUUUUUCAACUUCAUGUUGAGGGUAGUUGGGAACCUGACCAUCACCAUCCUCACUUUGGUGAAUUCCAACCAGAAAACACUCAUGUAUUUUUUUCUCAGAAAUUUCUCCUUCUUAGAAAUCUCAUUUACUACUGCCUGUAUUCCCAGGUACCUCUAUAGCAUAUCAACUGGGGACAAUACCAUUUCCCUUGAUGCUUGCUUCACCCAAAUAUUCUCUGUCAUCUUUUUAGGGGCAGCACAGUUCUUUCUUCUGGCCACCAUGUCCUAUGACCGCUAUGUGGCCAUUUGCAAACCUCUGCAGUACACAACUACCAUGAACAGCAAAGUCUGUAACCAGCUCCUGCUGGGUUCCUGGCUAUCUGGGCUGAUGAUCAUCCUCCCACCACUUAGCCUGGGCCUCCAGUUGGAAUUCUGUGACUCCAAUGUCAUUGAUCAUUUUGGCUGUGAUGCAUUUCCCCUGCUGAAGAUUGUGAGCUCAGACACAGAAUUCAUAGAGAGGAUGGUUUUAAUUUUUCCUGUGUUGACACUCAUCACUUUACUCAUGGUGCUUUGGUCCUAUGCCUACAUAAUAAAGAUAAUUCUCAAAUUCCCUUCUGCCCAACACAGACAAAAGGCCUUUUCCACCUGUUCCUCCCACAUGAUUGUUGUCUCCAUCAUUUAUGGAAGCUGCAUUUUCAUGUAUAUGAAACCUUCUGCAAAGGAAGGAGUGGCUUUGAACAAGGUAGUAUCAGUACUAGCAACAUCUGUCACCCCAGUAAUGGACCCCUUUAUUUACACUCUGAGGAAUAAGCAAGUCAUACAAGCCUUUAAGGAUUUAGUUUAA